AAACACAUGUAUCGAUUUAUUUUGUUAGCAACUCUGCGAGGUAAACGAUUCAAACAGCUGAUGUCAAGGCUUCAUCGAGUUUUAAUCAUCGAUUACUAAUCGUGCUGGAAUUUAAGAACGCUAUUAAAGGAAGUACCAAAAUGUCGAAACGUGUACAACCGGUGUGGCAAGCACCAAAAGCCUCAACACGGCCGCAAUUAAAAUUGUACAAUAGUCUUACCAGACAAAAGGAGGAAUUCGUACCUUUGGACGGAAACAAUGUUAAGUGGUAUAGCUGCGGCCCAACUGUGUACGAUGCUUCGCACAUGGGACAUGCUAGAUCUUACAUAUCUUUUGAUAUUCUGCGACGUAUAUUGGCUGACUACUUUGGCUAUAACAUCCACUACGUCAUGAAUAUCACCGAUAUCGACGACAAAAUAAUAAAGAGAGCCCGUCAGUAUCAUCUAUUUGAGCAGUACGCAACUGCAGCAGCUCAGUUGCCACUCGAGCAAUUGUUAAACGAGCAGAAAGAAGUACUCAGUCUGUUACAAGUCAAAUGUGAUAAAAAUACAGAUGCAGAUAAGAAAGUCAUGCUAGAAAAGAUGUUACACCGCAUGAAUGAUGCAGUGGAAGGUCUAACCAAAGCCGUCAGCAAUGGAAACGAAGCAGAAAUUAUUAAAAUGAGGACCCAUUAUUUAGCUGAAGCAAAGGACCCGAUUGCUGAGUGGAUAGAUGGGAAACAAGGUGCUCAUGUUAAUGAUAACACCGUCUUCGAAGCGCUUCCCAGGUUUUGGGAGGAUAAAUUUCACAAUGAUAUGAAGUCACUCAAUAUUCUACCACCUGAUGUAUUAACGCGAGUUUCGGAGUAUGUGCCUCAGAUUGUUGCAUUUAUACAGCGCAUUAUUGAUAACGGCCUUGCCUACGAAGCAAAUGGUUCUGUCUACUUUGAUGUUAAUGGCUUUGACAAACGCGAUAAGCAUCACUAUGCGAAAUUGGUGCCCGAAGCCUAUGGAGACACAGCGUCAUUGCAGGAAGGCGAGGGUGAUCUGUCCGUUACUGAGGAUCGACUCUCAGAAAAGCGAUCAGCCAACGAUUUUGCCCUGUGGAAAGCCAGCAAGGCUGGCGAGCCAUGGUGGGAUAGUCCGUGGGGUCGUGGUCGUCCUGGCUGGCAUAUCGAGUGUUCAGCUAUGGCUUCAGAUAUAUUUGGAUCUAUAUUUGAUAUUCACACUGGCGGUGUCGAUUUAAAGUUUCCACAUCAUGACAAUGAGCUGGCACAGUCGGAGGCUGCGUUCGGUGAAUCAGAAUGGGUUAAGUAUUUCUUGCAUACUGGCCACUUGACAAUUGCCGGCUGCAAGAUGUCCAAGUCUCUUAAGAAUUUUGUAACAAUACAAGAGGCAUUGAAAAAGCACUCUGCAACGCAAUUGCGUCUCGCAUUUCUGUUGCACUCUUGGAAAGAUACGCUGGACUACUCGGAAAACACUAUGGAAAUGGCCACUCAGUAUGAAAAAUUCCUUAAUGAAUUCUUUUUGAAUGUCAAAGACAUAACACGCCAGGUGAUAUCUGGAGAGCCAAUGCAGCAGUUUAGUGAAUGGACUGCUGUGGAGGCGGCACUACAAACGAAAUUUAACGAGGCGCAGGUGCAAGUGCAUGCAGCUCUCUGUGAUAACAUUGAUACGCGCAGCGCUUUAGAUUGUGUUCGGGAGUUGGUGUCAACUACGAAUAUUUAUAUACGAGACAAUAAAACGAGGCUUAACAACCUGUUGCUUCGGAAGAUUGCCGUUUAUGUUACAGAGUUGUUGCAUAUAUUUGGAGCAAUCGCUGGCCCGCGCGGUGGCAUUGGAUUUCCGUUGGGAGGAGCUAAAUCCAAAUCAGCAACUGAUGAUCACGAGGCUGUGGUAAUGCCCUACGUCCAAUCAGUGGCCGAAUUCCGUAACUUGGUUCGUGAGCAGGCGAAGGCAUUAAAAGCAUUUGACAUACUGAAACUGUGUGAUGAUCUCCGUGAUGAUGUGUUACCCAAUUUGGGUGUUCGAUUGGAGGAUAAAGAUGAUGGCAAGUAUGCCGUCAAACUGGUUGACCGAGAUAUGUUGUUGCGCGAACGCGAGGCCAAGCAGGCAGCUGAAGCGGAGCGGGCAUUGGAAAAAGAGCGUAAGAAACAAGCUUUGGCAGAGGCAGCGGCAGCUAAAGAAGCUCAACGUCGUGUCAAUCCAAAAGAGAUGUUCCUCAAUGAAACAGAAAAGUACUCGGCAUUUGGCGAAGAUGGUCUUCCCACGCACGACAAAGAUGGCAAAGAGAUUAGCAAAGGACAACUCAAAAAACUUCAAAAGCUCCAACAACAGCAAGAGCAACGCUAUAAAGAAUAUCUGGCUACAGUUAAUGGAGCGUAAAAUUGACUGCCCUCGAAUGAUAUUAUAUAAACUAUACUAAUUUAUCAGCAACACAGUUAAAUCCAGCCUUAGAUUUUUGCAUUUACAUAUAAUUGGAGUAAAACAUUUAUAUAUUUAAUAAAAUUAAAAAUCUGCUCAG